UUUUGCCUUCAAUAACAAAUAGGGGCAAGGAUAUGCUUUCUAGACUUCUGAGUUUUAUAUUCCCACCACAUCAAACAGCUCAAUUCUUACCAUCUAUUUUAAGAAAAAUUUAAAGCUAUUUUUUUUGUAUUUCUACACAUAUAGCAGAUUGAAAUCCUAAUUUGUAUUUGUACAAAUGGAGGGUAAUCACAUAAAAAGAUCCCUACUAUGAUAGGCUGGUCAUGUAAGCACUAAAAGUUGACUUCUUAACAAAAUUUUAUGGGAGCUUGCUAUGGAAAGAAUUCUCAAGAAGGCCAACACAAGAUCUAUAAAGAUACUCUCAAUAGUUCCCUUCAGAAAUGAGAAAAGGACACAACUGGGAAAAACUGUCUGAAAUCAACAUCUUGCUGAGGGUUUUCAGCUAUUACCAACAAUCUAUGAAGUGUCUGAGUAGAAAAAGCCUCUGUAGCCUUGUCAAAUGGACAAUGUCAGUCAAAUGCUAAUCUAUAUUUCAUGUACAGCUUGCUAAAGAAACCAAAUCUUAAAGGUAUCCAACAUAAACCUAUAGAGAUGCAUGCAGGAAAACAGAAUAAAACAUCUACCAAUGAAAAUAUUUGGGAAGAAAAUAAUACAAGAUUUGAAACCACAUGGACAGGUUGUAUACAUGUGCUAGUAAGCCUCUCACAGCUGAGUUGUCUCUUCUCUUUAUCAGCUAGCAACUGCAGCAUUACAUGCAAAUCCAAUUUUGCAACAAUGUCUAAGAAUUUCUGUUUCUCAGAAAAUGAGGGUUAAAAGGUGUCUUCAAGUAAUCAACUAAAUGUUAUUACUUAUGGGAUAAGUACCCAAUAAGUGUCACACAUACCCCUUAGAUCUGUAAGAAUAAAAGACGUAAUAAAAUUGACAUAAAUUUCCAGUUUUCAAAGGAUUCAACCUGCAGACCUUCUAAAGGCUAACAAACUUAAUAAAAAGAAUUUAAACAAAAUAAUCUGAUAUAUAAUUCUCUAUGUCGCCCAUCCAUGCAGGACAAGACGCACGCACACCAACUCUCUAACCCUCGAUGAGAAAGUCAUGGAAAAAUAACUCUUUUAUUUCUGCAAGUCGGACUAGAGUUACGUCACGUAACAUUCCUGGAGACAGAGAGUGCGGCUCAGAAAAAAAAGAGGGGGACAACAUGUAUAUAUAUAUAUAAUUCUCUGCAUCGCCCAACCAUGCGGGACAUCAUGCACACACGCCAAAUCUCUAACCCUCUAACCACCCAGGCCUUCCUUGCACUCCAGGCAUGCGCACACAGUUGUUUGCCCAAACCUACCCCAGAGAGAUUAUUGCCUCUGCCACCUAUCGAGAGUGGCAGGAUCGGUGGGAGGCUGAGACCCACAACAAACUCAGACAGAUUGUGGUGGAUGUCAGGUGGCGGCCCACAUCUAAGGGUCUGACACGGCAUGGAAGCACGACCAUGUCCAGACUUAGAAUUGGCCACACCUACAUCAUGCACUCCUUUGUGCUGAAGAAAGAGGAGCCCCCACUUUUUGAGUACUGUGACUCUUGUCUCACCGUGGAACAUAUUCUCAUAUACCAGGAUAUUAGGGGGACAUAUUUUGGAGCACACAGCUUAAAAACGAUGUUUGAUAAUGUCGACGAUAGGAAGGUACUAGACUUUGUCCGUUAGGUGGGGUUGUCUGCGAAGAUUUGAUUUGUGAUAGGGCAAAGAAAUUGUGAACAUACAAUAUUUUUACAACAGAUUUUUAUUAAAUUUAUAAAUUUUAUUAUCUUAACUUUGAAUAAACCUUGCUUUUAAUGACCUAACUGUAUAAAAUUUAGCUUUUGUGAUAUGAAGGGAGAGUAACCCUUGAAGGAUUACGGGCACGACAUGGCCUAAGUUGUGUUGAUGUGCCAAAAACUCAAACUUACCCCAUUUUGACUACUGUGUCUUUCAGGAAGUGCUCACCCGUCACUAAAUAGUGAUGUAUGCUACACUGCGGGUCGGCUCAUCUUAAUAUUUGACUGACUGUGCUUAUAGUCAAUAUGUUUAUUAUAAAUUGAAGGACAAUACUGAUGAUGUGUGAUAGUGAUGAUGGUAAUCAUUUAUUUUCAGCUAGUGAACACAAGUUCACAUUCAGUGCAUAAAACACCUCACUUGUCUCCAUAACUGCUAUUAGGAUAAUGGAAUAUGCUACUGGUACAAAUUUUGAGCGAAUAGCUCUAAAUAUGGCUGAAAAUGGACAGUUGGCAGAGGAAUACCAUCCUCAGAGGACUCCAGCACCAUCACCAGCUAGAAGAGUAGUCAAUAACUCCAUCUACACCAUCAAUUUGAAAUUGUUACCUAUUAAAUUGUUUUAUUUAGUUUUCAUGGCAGCUGUUGGAGUUCUUUUGCCAUUUGUAGCCUUGUAUAUGAUGCACCUUAAACUGUCUUCUAAAGAAAUUGGAAUAAUUUAUGGGGUCAUGCCAUUUGUUGGCUUUUUCAUCAGACCAUUGAUUGGUGCAGUAGCUGAUAAGUUUAAGAAACACAAAUUGACUUUGAUGAUAGUCACUGUUCUUACAGGUGUAUUUUACUUUCUGCUGAUCCUUGUUCCUGGAAGGUCAAGGUCUAUUCAUGUUCAGGUCUUGACUGCUUUCAAAUGUAAUACUGAAGAUUCCUAUGUUUCUGACUGCUAUAGAGAUGCAAUGCAACCCAGUUGUCAGGGUAGACUCUCUUUGCAAUCAUUUGUCACCUUAUUCAAAAUUGACAGCCUGAACCAAUCAGUGACUUGCAACUUUUCCUGCUUGAUUGCAGCUAAAGAAACAGUCCAUGAGUUUAGAGCCUGCUUCACUGAUAACUCAGGCUCAUAUGAGCCCAACAACUGCAACGGCACAUUGAACCAUGGGAAGCAUUUAAACUUCACCAUUCCCAGCUUGCCAACACUCAUUCAUAGAAACACAUCGGCCAGUGAUGACAAGUGCUUGAGUUAUGAUGUGAAAAACAUAGAAUUUGAAAACAAGGUUACACACCAAGCAUUUCAGAUAUUGUGUGAGAGUGAGACAGAUCUCGACUGCAUUGUUUCCUGCCCCAAGUUCAACCAAUGUGAAACUGAGAUAGUCUUGUUUGACUCCACCUUUUAUUUUUUCUUCUUCCUAUUCCUGCUGGCUAACAUCGCAUUUGCACCUAUUUUCCCUAUUCUUGAUGCAUCUGCAUAUGAGGCUUUAGGGGAAAAGCCAAAUCACUGGGGAAUGCAGCGUGCUUGGGGCACUUUUGGUUUUGCUGUGUCAUCAGUGACCAUUAUGCUGAUAAAACAAGGUCAAAUAGAAGAUUUUGCUGUUUUCUUUUACAUUUUUUUGCCACUGUGCAUAGUGUCAACUUUUAUAGCAUUCUUCUUGCCCAUAUCAUCAGAUAUUAAGUGUGGCCAGUUUGUACAUAAUGUUUUCCAGCUUCUGUCUUACGCUAAGGUCUCCACAUUUUUGUUUGUUGUCAUGUACUUUGGCAUCUUGACUGGGGCAUUGGAAGCAUUUCUCUUUGUGUAUCUCUUUGGGAUUGGAGCUGACUCUCUGGUGCUUGCUGUGGAGCUCUUUGUCCAGUGCACUUCAGAGUUAAUUAUGCUGUUUACUGCUGGGUUUAUUAUCAAGAAGCUGGGUUUAGUGAACUGUCUUUACUUGACACUAUUCUGCUAUGCCCUUCGGUUUUUGGUGAUCUCACUGAUUAGCAACCCUUGGUAUGUUCUGAUCACCGAGCCACUCUAUGGUAUUUGCUUUGGUCUUAUGUAUGCUGCAGCCUCAUCCUAUGCCAGCAUCAUAGCACCUCCUGGCAUGUCUGCUACCAUUCAAGGUCUACUAGGAGGGGUUCAUUUUGGUUUUGGAAAAGGAAUUGGAAGUCUGAUAACUGGGUUCAUGUUUGACAGUAUUGGGGCCACGUGGACCUGGCGGGCCUACUGUAUUUCCUCAGUCUUACUUCUAAUUGGAUACUUUAUUCUAAACAAAACUGUAUUCACUGGCAGCCAUCAACCCCCUACUUCAACAAACAAAGCGGCUACAGUGCCUGAUGAACAGACCAGACAAAAAGAGAAUCUUAUUAAAGACCAGAAUGAGACUAUGGAAGUGGCCUGAAAGUGUAACAUCACUACUGGUGAUAUGAGGCAAGACAUUGGAAAAGUUUAUAUAGAAUCAUGUUGUAAUCAAACAAGUUAAUGUGUUUCUGUAAUUGAUGUUGUUUACAGAUGUGCAGUAAAUUAUUGUUCUUUUGUGUGAUGUAUGUAAUGAUUGCACUGUUAAACUUGUUUAAUUUAACUCAUAUUGUUGUGAAAACAUUUUUAAGAAUUAGCAUUGCAAUUAAAACUGCAGAGCUCAAUUUGUAAAAAAAUUUUGAUAUGUAACAUUACUUUAAAUUCUGACAUUGCAAAUUCAAAGUUUAUCUUACAUAAAGUCUUUAGACUUAAAGGUCUAUACUGAUUACAUGUUAAAAGUUAUUAUUUUUUUUAAAUCUUGCUAAACAAAUGGCUUAUAAUAUAGUAACAAUUUAGCAAACUAGGCAAAUUUAAGUGGAAAAAAAGGAAAUUCCUUGAUAAGUCUUUUUAAAAUGUAUUUAUUUAGAAUUUGAUACAGUUCAUUUAAUAAAUAUUUUUUUUAAUCAUGAUUUUAAAAAAAAAAAAUCCAAGAUGUAACAUUGAAUAAUUUUCUCAAUUGGAUUUUAGAAAUUGAAUGCUAUUAGCUUCAAACUAACAGAUGAUACUGCAAGGAACCAAAGCACAAAGCCUUAUGAUGCAAGCUUCAGUAGCAUUCCCUAUGAACAUCAUUUUUGAAUCUCAACUCAUUUAAGGCUCUCCACCCAUACUUUCGUGACUUUAUCUAAUGUCAUGUUUUACAACAUCAAAUUUUAUUGAUAUUCAUUUCUUCAAAUGUAAAGAAUGCUCAUUAGGUCUGUUGUUUACAAAUGCCUAGCACAAAAUACACUAGCAGCGGCAUUGAAUUGUGCUGUAUAUGUCUAGAAUCUCUUGAAACAAAUGUGAAGCCCAAAUAUAUGUGUACUAUCCAAAAGUAACUUCUUAAUAGGAGAGGUAUAGCAUUUAAGAAGCACAAUGAAUAAUGUAAUAAAUUGAGUUUACUAGUCUUUUGUUAAAUUAUUUGUUCAAUUCUCUGCUAAACUGGCAUUAUUCAACAUUUAGUUUUGACUAGUGAAGUCCUGGUGUUAAUAGAUUCAGUCAAAAAAGUUAAGGCCAAGUUGUUUUUUUAAAGAGAACUUUCCUGACAUAAAGAAAGUUUGUAUAUUAACAAAGCCAGUCUAUGUAUAGGGUAUGUCAUUUGAACAUGUUUCUUAAUGAGACCAUCAUUUUUUUUAAAGGACCAUGCCAUUAUAGUCAGGCAAAUAUAUUGUUUGUUAACAAACUUUUGUUUUGAUACAUGUGAAUUAUGCUAUACAUUAAUGAUCUUGUAUGAUUUCUAAUUGUUUUGAUCUUGUUAUUGCUAUUGUGAUCCUUGGUUUGUAUGUCAUGGUUACACAGAUUGGAUUCUGGUGAUACAAAAAUCUUGAAUUUUUAGCCUUGUCAUUUUAACAAUUGUUGACCUUGUGUUUAUUUUUUAUUUCUGAUUUUUACAACUUUAUUCAUUAAUUUCUGAACUGUAUGGUCACUGACAUCUGCUUAGGUUGACAUGUUUGUUUGUGGAAGUACCUAAUCAAAGACAGAGUGAGGAGUGGACCAGAGCGCUUUUUGUUUUUUUAAAUCAAUGUACUGUUGCUUAUUAGUUUUUGUGUAUUUUUUAAAUUUAAUUUAAAUAAAGGGGGGUGGGUGAGUUUUUACAUUUGGCAUUUUGAACAAAAUUUGUUCAGAACAUUUGUAUAGGACUUGGAACAGUUGACUGUCAGCUUGAAGUUGCUAUGUCACAUCUAAGUAGUUGCAAGUCUUUCAAGUAAUUAAACAACCCUAACUCCUCCAGCAUCUAGUGAUGUUGUAGUAUUACUAAAUAGAUUCUACUAUUGAGCACCUCUUUCCAAUGUCUUAAGUGCUGCUUGUUAUCUAUUGAAUGAAAAACUUGACAGUUGUCCUAUGAUAAAGUAUGGAUACACUGGACAUUGAGUUUCAGAGUAGAGGGAGAUAUUUGAACAUUUCAUUCAUACCCUCAACUUUCCUGGAACAACUACCUCAAAAUUAUUUUAUUAGUUCUUGUAGCUUUUUACAUCAUUUUUUGAAUACAAUUGAAUAUAGUGUAACCAAACAUUGGUAUUCCCUUUGAAUGUAUGUAUAUAACUGAUAGUGAAUAUAAUCAGUUUAUUUUUACCAUGUUUACAAUACUACCACUAUAUCAAUAUAUUCUAGUUCUAGUGAACUCAAUGAGACUCUUGAUUCCAUAUAUUUGAUGUUCAGAAUAGCCAUAUGUAGUCUACUAGACUUGUUUGACCUUCAUGUUAUAGACACUCAUGAAUGACCUUGGAAUAGAGCUAGUACAUAAGAACUGCAACUUUAAUGUUAGGAACUUUGGCUGCACUAUUUUAGGCAAGUACAUGAGCUAGUGACAAAAACAAUAACAAUAAAGAACUAGUUGAGUAUGAUUUAAAAAAAAAAAUCUCUUCAAAAUAUCCCAUUGACAAAUAAAACAUAAGAUCUGGGACAGCUUUUAAUUCAAAACUUCUACACCCUCUUCCCUUUUUUCCCAAAACAAAUCAGAAUACGCUUUUCCCAGAACAUUUGUGGGUAUCAGUUGUUUUUAGGUCAUCAUGACAUUUAUUUCAGAUAAUUAUUUUUCUUCAGAUUUUUGAUAAAUAUAAAACAUUUUUAUCUGUAACUAAUGGUACUAAAUCUAAUACUCUAUGACAAUUUUAGUUUUUUAUUGAGUUUUCAGAAUCUCAUUCAGAUUUGCAUGACUUGCUUUUUGGUCAAAAUGUUUAUUACUGACUUUUGCACUGUUCAAGUUUUGAUAUUUCUUGAUACUUUUUACUGCUGUUCCUGGGUUAUUUUUACAUUUAUAUUCAAUUUCUUAAAUAACUCUAGGAUUAUAUUUUUAGGUUUCUUAUUUUCACUAGUUCAACUUAUACUUGUUACUUGAUUAUUUCAACAUUUCAAGCUUCAGCUCUAGACAUUAUUGGAUGUCAUUUUUAAACAAGACUUUUGUUUGUUCCAUGUGUGAUGUGUACUGUGUAUGCAUGUAUAUUUCUUUUUCAUUUCUUGAUUUGACAUUGUUUUGAUGCAACAAAAAUAUUUCAGUCAGCCAAGUGGAAACUCAGCUCUCUGAUCAUAUUGAUAUAUCAUAUUCUAUAUGGUAAUAGUUUAUUCUAUGUUGUUUACCUAUUUUAUUUUUGGAUGAAACUAACUAGCACAUAGGUCUUGGUUCAUAUAUCAGAACAGUUUACUGCUGUAGCAGGAUCUUUUUUUUUUUUUUUGUACUUUUGUCAUUCUCUGACUUCACUAGACUUCCAAAGAUCCUGGCAUCCAAGAAAUACAAUAUUCCCUAUGUAAGAUACUAGAUGACAUUUCAAACCUUGUCUAUACUAUAGAGCUUUAAAACAAACAAUGUUGUCUCAUUUUUAAUAUCUAGCAUGAUCUUAUAUCAACUUAGUGUAUUCCUUGGAUAUGUUAUUUAUAUUCAUGCUACUAAUUCUAUACCUUAUUCACACAAGUAUACUAAAUAUAUUAAUGCCUCAUUAUACCCAAACAUAAGGGCACUGAAAGUAGUUGACUCUAUUUGAAUAGAAAAGCUACAACACAUGGGCUCUGUUCAAAGUAGACUUUCUAUACUUACUAUGUGCAUUGGAAAUCAAAGUGAUCAGGUUUUUACUGUAGAGCAAGUUUUGUUUUUUUUACCUGGAAAGAAACAUUAAGUGUGGCUUGUCCAAAUAUUGAAAUGUGAAUUGACCAAUUGUGGAAGGAUAUUUCAUGGCCAUUGUGGGAGGAUAUUUCAUGGCCAUUUGUUCUUGUUGUCUAGUCUAGUGUUAGUGUGCCAGAAAGUGUUCCACCACUUCACAUCUUCAACUAAGCAUAGCCCAUUCGUCUGUUCUGUUUAGUUUUCUAACUGUUAGACUAGGGCAAGUGUCUCACUUUGAUGACUUUUAUUAUGAUCUUGUUUUAUUCUAGUCACUGACUGAUGUUAUAGAUACAAUUUGUUACCCAAGUUCCUAAAAUCAGGAAAUGUGAUCGUAAGUGUUUCACCAUAACAUUGUGUGUUUUUUUUUAUGUUGCUUAUAAUUUCCAUGGGUGUUAGCCACAUAGAGAUCAAUUUAUUUGUAUGAAUGAUUCAACUUUUCACUUUAACAAGGUUCUCAUGGAAUAUGUUUAAAGAAGCAGAUUAUCUCCAGUGAAGACUCACUGUGCAGUUAUUUGCUAAAUAAUCAACAAUGGAAGUUGUUGAAAAUUUUGGUUAUGAAAAUCUUUUCACAUUUGUUUACUUAGUUAAUACUUAAGUGUAGUAUUUAUCAGCAUUAUCCAAUCCACUUUAAAAAUGCUUGGUUCAGAUUGGAUACUUUGCAUCUACAAUUCCAGAUAAAACGCAGGGAGCUGAACUUGGAUUGUCAAUCUUCCCAAGGCUUUAGACAUAAUAAGUAGUGAAGGUUUUGUGGAGGAUUCUAAAAGUUGCCCUUUCAGACCUUGCGACCUAUAAGGCAGAUGAAGUAAAGGUCAUCUGUUUCUGUGGUCCACAGUUAAGGAGGAUGUCAUGUGGCCAGCCUUUACUUUUCUCCAACUAAUGUCAAGCCAAGAGCUGGCUGGACUCAGAGGCACCCUAAAGAUUUCUAAAUUCAAAAUCCCAGUCUUCUUCGAGAUUUGAACCCAGGGCCCCUGAUCAGAAGCCAAUUGCUUUACCACUCAGCCACCUUUGCUUCAAGGAUUCUUUCCAUUACAAGCAACUGCAUGAGGGUAAAAAAAAAAGUUAAAAUAGCCACAAUUAUAUUUACUUCUCAGAUAAAUCCUCUUUGUUGAAUGGCUUUGUCUGCAGUGAAUGUGACAAUAUACGCAGGUUGCAACUGGGUCUUCAUGGUCCAAUACUGCACUCUAGCUUAUUCUGCAGACUCAUUGACAAAGCCUUAUAAUUCUUGAAACAAAACAUAAUGUGUAAAUAUUGCGAUGGACAUCAAUCAUUAUUUGUAACAUAUCAGUAUUAUAACAAGCUAGGUCUUUUAAAUGUGUCUCCAGACAUCUGUAUGUAUGUAUACGUGUGUUUAUUAAUUUAAUUCAAUAAUGUUCUCAUCAUGCACUCUCCAACAUUGUAUUGGUUCAAACCCAUCAAAGGGUAUCAGUGUGUUCAGUUGUGUUGAAAUCAAAGGGGCACAAACAAACAAAAAUCAACAGAAUCUCCUUUUUUUUGCUGCAGUGUAAAAUUUGUAAAACAUUGAUUCAAUAGUACACUCUCACUGUGUUACAUUUGUCUUAUUUAUACAUUACAAGAGGAAUGAACAGUUCCAUUUUUAAGAAGUUUUUAAAAUGGUAUUACUUUUUUAAAAGAAGGUUGUUUUUGCAUUAAAAAAAUGGAUUUUGACUAAUUGUCAAAUGAUCUUAAGAAAACUAAAUGUUCCAAUUUCCAUUGUUCCUUAAAGAAAAAGUGAAGAAGUUUUUGUAAGUUGUUGUUUUUUUUGUGUGUUUGUUUUCAUAUCCCCAUUUCUCUCAAAUGUUGUCUUUUAAUCAGCUUGUGCAUUAAAAAAAAAGUUUUAGUUUAUUUAGAAAUCUCUUUCUGAAAGUUUGAUAGGAAUGUGAGAAAUGAGGAAAGUAAAUUGAAACUGAGACUAAAAAAAAAGUCUUUGUAGUUUUAUACACAAAUUGACAUUGUUUUACAUAAAAAAAAAAUAUUUUACACAGGCAUAAAAAAAUUUUAUGUAAAAAUUUUUUUUUAUGGUUUUGAAAGCUAUAUAUCUAUAUGUUGUUUAAAUGUUGUUGUUUUUUUGUUUUUGUUUUCUUUUAAGUUAUCAGGAAAUAAAACCAAAUAUUUAAUGAUUACAAAGUAUGUACCUUUUUUUUUACAUUGUGCACUUGAAUGUAGUCAUUGGUAGACAAGGCAUUAUGCUAUUAGGUUUGGUUAACUGGCAAAUAAGUUUGUGUGAGAUAGUGUCUCUGGUACAAUUUUAAUUAAUAAUUAAUCCUAGACCUAAUCUUAACUCAUUGUCCAUCUAAAAUCUUAUUUAUUUCUUACUUCUGAUUUCAAUCAAAGGCUGUCAUUUCCAGGAUCCUCAAUCUUUUUUACCGUGAGACCCCAUCAUCAAGACAUUUUCCCUUCUUUAAAAGUCUUGUGUAUCAGAGCAUUCAACCUUCAGCAACCCAAAGUCUUGUGUCUCUAGUUUUUCUUUAAUCUUCAACUACAAAUACAUUUCAAGUCUAAUUUGAUGAUGUAAGUCCAAACUUGUUUGCACACCAAACUGACAGAGUCAGUAUUAUUAGGAGUUCAAAGAAUCCAAAGAAACUUGUACAAUACAUUUAUGUCAUCAUUUGUCAUCUAAUUCAGUCCAUGCAGUGUGUUUAGUAACCACCGCUUAGGCUGUUGUUGUUUAUAGAGCUCUGGCGCAUAGAAUCCUAACACUUUGUUGGCAGAGGACAGCUUGUAUCAAACAUUUCUGCAAUAUUGGCAUGUACGGCCAGUACUUGAUAGAAGAAGAAUUGAAAGAAAGAAAAACAAUUGUGCAGUCUUUAAAAAAAAGACAAACCACUUCAUGAUUUUUGGUUUUGUUUUUUUAUAUGCAGAGCAAAAGUUCUUUCUUGCAUGACCUUUCUUAAAACCAAUUCAGCUUGUUCAUAAGUAAACAAAAAAAAGUUCAAAAUGCCUCCAAAUUCCAUAGAUUCUGCUUACAUAGUUCUGUCAGUCAGUCUCCUCUAUGUUCCUUGUACAAAGUUAUGUUGUGAGUUUCUUCAAUGUAUUGGUUAAGGUUCAUUGUAAAUGUGUACUUGACCUUGUACAUUUCAAUUGCCUAGAGUUCAACUCCAUCCUGAAGAAAAUGAAUUGGUGCAUGUGUUUUAAGAUGAAUUAGAAUGAUGCCAUUGAAGACAUCAACAUUGUUGUCACAAUUUAUUGACUAAACUCUUUCUUAACAUCUACUAGGGCUUAGCCUGGAGGACUUAAACAAACACUGUGCUGUUAUAGUGUGUCCUUUCCUAACCAAUGUAUUGAUACAGAACAAUGUCUAGUUCACAUUGUGUAGCAUGUUGAUGCCAACCAUUGGAUGGUGCCAUGUAGGAUGUGGGUGUAUUUCAAUUGUGCCUUGGUGUAACCAAAAUGUUAACGUAAACUUCAAAUAAAGCUAAAUAGAGAUACA